AAGAUCUCAGUGUGACCUGAAUGUAUGUAAGUUUGUGCGCGAUUAUCUCGUGAUGGGCAGAAUCGAUUUUAUGCGGUUUUCAGAAAAGUGUUUGAUACACUUAGGAUGUUUUCCUAUAUUAAUUAACUGACAUCCAAAAAAAGAGGGGGAUGUAUUCGAUUUCAACGUAGUUUAUAAACGUAUAAUAUUUACGAUUGAUGCUAUUUCUUUUAAUUUAUUAAUAUGCAAAAAUUUUAAUGGAGCCUACCUAAUGACAGAUUACUAGCAACGACCAUAACAUACUUUGUCUCUAUAAAAAUUCAGAAGUUGUGUAUGAAUAUAAACUGAGUGCUACGUGGGAUUUUAGUAUACCUACCUAUAGUAUUUGUGUAUGUGGAUAAGAGUACGUACCUUAAUAUAUAUAUAGUAGGUAUGUAUACCUAUAGAUACCUACCGAAGAAGCUACAUAGUUUAUAAUUUAUUGCGGGUCAUGACCUAAAUUGAUUUAACCUAUUAACGAAUGAUAUAACGCGCCUAAAUUGUGUCUGUAGACAUGUUAAAAUAAUGGCAGGAAGUUUGAAUUUGAAUUUAAAGAAGUGAUGAGGUCGGAGCACCUUCAGUGUAAGAAUGAAAUGAAAAUAGCAAAAGCGAAGUCGCGAAGUUCCUCUAAAUAUAGCUGGGCGGGCGGAGUGCGGCGCAGUCGCAACUAAUCGCCAGUGCCCGAGCGCGACCUCGCUUUGUUCACAAUCCAGAAGUGAGCGCGCUCACUGUUUAUCCGCGUACUCUAUAUAAAUCAACGAUCGAUUUACUUACUUCAAUAUAAUUAUAUCUUCAUUUGUCUCAUAGGUAAUCCAGAUGCCUAUGGGAUAUUUUUACAAAAAUGGGAUCAAGUGAUUAAUUUUACAGUUUUACGAUAAAAUGCUGAAAUGAGGUUAAUACGUUCUAGUUUCUAGAUUCGAAGCUUGUUACCCCGAUUUGAAUCACCACGACGACGGGUGAUGAACAACGACGUGGAGGUAGAGGCUCGCCCUCGUCCUUUAUCUACGGGCUUAUGGACGCUAUUCUCCUGGCUGCGUCGUGACGAUCGAUCUGCUUCCAGCGAGAGCCUCUCCAGCGCCGGUUCUGACAGAACGGUGGCAAGCUUUGCUUUCCUGACACCAGCUCGCUAUCAUCCAGCGAAAGGACCCCUCGUAGUACCGCCGCCCGGACCUCCAACAGACUCGUACAAAAAAAGAGUGCACGAUAGAAACAUCCGACGUCAUCACGAUCGUGAUAUAACAUUACACCGUAAAUACGGACUAUUUAAGAGUGAGGGAAGUUGCGGUUACGACGCUUUUAGCUUACCACCAGCACGAAGAACGAUCGCUGAGUCUGGUUCUAGAUGGGACCGCGAGAGAAGAGCUACAAGUGAGUGCUAUCAACGUCGGCUAGCGCACGUUCCCGGCAAGAGACGGGCUCCCCUACCUCCUGCAACAUCUGCUGGCCCUUCAGCAUCUUUGCCACGCCGGCACAGUAGAAAACGACCUGCUCCGCAACCACCUAUAAGAGUGUUAGAAAAGAACAAGAACAUUUUCAACGAAGUUCACGUAAACAUUGAUACAGUUCAAAUGCAUUCUAACACAUAUGAAGAUAAAACCAAAACAAAGAAUAGUGAUGUUAUGAUGGGGUGCAAAUCUGAAAAAUAUAUUAAAAAAGAUGCAAGUACUAAAGAUUCAAAAGUUAAACCCGAAAAAAGUUUCUUGAAGCAAAUUUUUGACGGUAAAAAGAGAAAUUCAUAUAUAGAUACAUCCGCUGUAAAAUUACUUCCGAGUAUCAGUGAAUUAGAUAAACAGGCAGCUGAAUUAAUUGAAACAUGUAAAUUAAAAGCCAAUGAACAAAAUAAUAACUCUACUUUUGGCGAGUUCAAUGCACAUAGCUCUAAACAAAGUGAUGCAUGGAUCUGUACUCGUUGUUUCAGAAGAUAUAACUCUUCAAUAGUUACUUGUACUUAUUGCGUCUCCAAACCAAAAUCUCAACCUUCUGAAGUCUGUGGAGAUAACAAAACAACACUAGCCAAGGCUUCAAGCAGUUAUACACAAACAGGAAAUGACUUAUUACCAAAUAGAAAAUAUGAUGCGGAAGAUAAACAAAAACUUAAAGAAAUGUUAAAAGAAAUGAAAGACUCGCUUCCUAAACGACCAAAACAUGACUUUAACAGUAAAACAGAAAACCAAACUUCUGCGGAGCCAAAAAGCUUUGGGAAGAAGUCGUUUUCAACAGAAACUCCUACUCUCCGAGUCGGGUCAACAUUUCACGAUGAAAUGAAAUCAGUCGCUGAACCAUCCACGUCAAGUCGAGUCGUCGAAAUAAAACCUACACUAGAAUCAAAAAGCCCAUCAAACAACCCAGUUUCAGCACAAGCUGCAUUAGUAGCACCAGUUAUAUCUGCGUAUAAGAAAAAUGUUGACGAGAAUUUGAAUUUGGCUGCUAAACUUGCUACAAAAAAUGACCAUUUAGAACAAGUCAAGGUAUUUGAUUUUAACGUAAAACAACCUGAAAGAUCACCACAAAAUCAAGCCUCCGAGAAGAAUAAUUUGAAUACACCACUGAAAAUAUCAUCACUAUUAAACCCUAUGUAUGUUCCCAAGGAUUCUGUUCUUACCAAAUCAGAUUUAACUAGCAAAGAAAACAAACAGUUAAAAAACGUUAAAGACACAUUUAAAUGUUCUCUAAGUACAGGUAUUAAAACGACGUCUACCCACGCAUCAGUUAGCCCUUCCACCUCUCGAGUUCCUGCAAUACCUGCCGAUAUCAGUAUCGAAAAUAAGCACAAAGAAAAAUGUACAAAGGUGUCUAUGCCAUUUUUAAAAUCCGCACUUCCAAAUACAUCAACAGAUACUGCUAAAAUUCCAGAGUCAAUUAAAACCGAAGAAAAUAAAAAUAUAUCUAAGUUGUCAGUGCUCCCAAAAGACCUAAAUGCAGUAAAAAGUAUGGAAGCACUAGAUCAGCAUUCUAGACGUAGAGAUUUAAUUAAUCAAUUGGAGAAAUCUAUUGCACAAGGAGACGAGCGGGCAGCAGCAGAAGCAGCUGCCAAACUGGCACAAUUACGUUUGUCGUGUUCAGUGCUAUCAUUUUCAUCACAAAUAUUAUCUCGACCUUCUACGUCGUCAAACGGUAAUGAAUUAAAGGAAAGUACAGGAGAAUUAAAAACAACAACAGUGACUAAGCCAUCUACAUCAACCAACAAAGACUAUGAUAUAAAUGACAGAAAGGACUCACGAGGACCCAAGUCGAACAAUGUUAAAGAAAGAUCUCCCCCAAAAGUUUCAGUUGGCAACAUAUCCGCUGCUAAUAAAACAGAUAAGUUAACAUCGCCGGUAUCUCAGACAGAAACCACAAAAGCUUUACUUGUACCUCAAAAGAAAAAAGAUGAAGAAGUGGUACAAAAGAAAGAAAAAGAUAUAAGAAAAAUUCCUGUUCCAAUUACGAAUGAAGAUAAAAUAACAAUAGCAGUAUUGGUGGAAGAUCGCGAGGCAACGAGAGGUCCUGUGCAUCUUCGAGUAAGUCGACGAGCAUGCAUACGAGACCUUCGCCACGAAGCCGAGAGAUUACUUGGCCUAGCACCAAAUCUACAGCGCUGGAUUAUUGGUCGUGCUCUGUGUGUUAAUGAUAGGACACCUAUAACAUCGCUCGCGGGACCUGAUUUCAGCGCACCAUUUUAUUUGUGUGUAGUAGAAUCAGAAACUAAAUUGGAAACAAACUCCCAACAAAACAGCAGCACCACUACGGCCAAAACAAAUAACCAGCAAACGAAAUCAGGAGAUGUCUAUACAGAACUAAUGCAAUUAGAACAACAAGCAGUAGUUCCUAACGCAGAAAACUUCGAUUGUGGGAUUUGUAUGGAAGAGUAUCCUCCUGGUCAAGGAGUAGUGCUCCGUGAUUGCGUACAUAUUUUUUGUAAAGAUUGUUUGUCUGAUGUAGUGCGUCAUUGCGAAGAACCAGACGUUCCUUGUCCGGCUAUGGGUUGUCGAGGAAUGUUACAAGAACGAGAAAUUCGCGCUCUUGUGUCCACUGAGGACUACGAGCGCUGGUUGGCACGGGGUUUGGCUGCUGCAGAAAGCGGAACUCGUAACGCAUUUCACUGUCGUACUCGAGAUUGUAAAGGUUGGGCAUUGUGCGAACCGGGAGUUCAACGCUUUCCAUGCCCGGUGUGCAAAUGCAUAAACUGUGUGCCAUGUCAGGCUAUUCAUCCAGGCGAUACCUGUGAGCAGCAUCGCGCUAAACUUAAGCAAGCAACAAGUGAGAAAUCUAAUGGAAAUGCAGUUGAUGAUGGAACGCGAACACUACUCAAUUCUCUUAUCAGCAAAGGGGAAGCUCUUGAGUGCCCUGAAUGCAGUGCCAUUAUUACAAAAAAAUGGGGCUGUGAUUGGGUGAAAUGCUCAGCGUGUAAAACGGAAAUAUGUUGGGUGACUCGAGGCCGGCGCUGGGGACCGGGAGGUAAAGGAGAUACCACUGGUGGUUGCCGUUGCGGCGUUGACGGCAAAAGAUGCCAUCCAUCCUGUGGUUAUUGUCACUAAAUCUGUACUGAAAUUUGAUUAGUAAUGCAAUUCUGGGGUCUGAACCUUAUAUUUAUACCUUUAUAAAUCAUAAAUUAAUGCACAAGUUUAUGAGAAUGUUCAAUAUAGACAUAUAUGAACGGAUUUUAUUGUCUCUAACGCACAAAUUACUGAAUGGGUUUCUUAAUCUGAAUGUUAGCAAUCUGGAAUAAUUUGACCCUGUAACAUGGACGAAUUUGCUGGGCUUGGAGAAAUAAGUGUGCAAGUAAUAAUUUAUGCUGUUAUUUAUUGCACUCACUUAAAAAAACGUUUAUGGCAUUGUUUGGUAGUCCCAGGAUACUGGAUGGUGACAUAAACUUUUCAUUAUUACAGUAGGUAACAUAUUUAUUGUUGUUUUAGCUAAUUAUUGCAUUUGCAAAGUUUAUAUGUACUUAGUUAUUCGUUUUUAUUUACUUUGUAUUUAAUAUCAAUCAUUACCUAUAACUACAUUACGGAAUUUGAAGAAUAUAAAACUGAAACGAUAUUUAGCUAUAGUGCUAUCAGCUGGUUUCAGUUUUGUAUCCUUAUGAUUAGAAUAGGUAAGUAAACAAUCUGUUUAUCGUAAAAUAAAUUCAGUUGUCAAAUAGAAUAUGUUUUUUCUUAUUAAUGGUGUAUGAUGGUAUGUAUUAGAGAUGCUGAUAAAUAGCAAAUGAAUAAAAUAAUUUAACUUAGUAUCUGUUUUUUGUUAGUUAAGAAAUUAAGAAUCAUGUACCUACUCUUUGGUUUGUAAAGAAAGAGAAAACAUUUAUUUAGCACCAGGCACGAUGCAGCAUAAAUAAAAUAUAAAAAGGCAAUCAAGGUGUGACAAUG